UCGCGCCAUCAGACCAUCCCGCUCGUCUCCAGACCAAUCUCGUCCGUCCAUCCGCCCACGGCUCGCCAUCCGGACGCCCGCCGCCGCAACCCUAGAUACUACGCUCUCUUCUCCCUCUCCCCCUCCCCUGCGCCGCCAUAAAUCCUCUGCUCUCUCCCUCCGUAAACCCCUCUUCCUCCGCCGGGCUGCUGUGCUGCCUUCGCGAUCUCCUCUCCCCUCGCGCCAAAAUCUGAGUCUCGGAUCGGGCGAAGCCGGCGCGAGUCCCGUCGACAUGGCCCUUGUAUUGCAUUCUGGACCUGGAAACAAGAAUGCUUUUAAGGCACUUAUUGCUGCAGAAUAUAGUGGGGUCAAGGUUGAAUUGGUUAAGAAUUUCGACAUGGGUGUCUCAAACAAAACCCCUGAAUUUCUUAAGAUGAACCCCCUUGGGAAGGUGCCUGUUCUGGAGACUCCUGAUGGUGCUGUUUUUGAGAGCAAUGCUAUUGCACGCUAUGUUGCUCGCUUGAAGGAUGACAACCCUCUUUUUGGGUCUUCUCCGAUUGAACAUGCCCAUGUUGAGCAAUGGAUAGACUUCUCUGCCACAGAAGUUGAUCCCGGUGUUGCACGGUGGCUGUACCCAAGGCUUGGUUAUAUUCCUUAUGCUCAUGUGACUGAGGAAACAGCUAUUGCUUCAUUGAAGAGAUCGUUUGGUGCUCUGAACACACACCUUGCCUCAAACACAUACCUUGUUGGGCAUUCUGUCACUCUAGCUGACAUUGUAAUGACUUGCAACCUCUACCAUGGAUUUACACGGAUCUUGACCAAGAGUUUCACAUCUGAGUUCCCUCAUGUUGAGAGAUAUUUCUGGACCAUGGUUAACCAGCCUAACUUCAAGAAGGUCAUGAGCGAUGUCAAGCAGGCAGAGUCUGUACCUCCUGUUCAGAAAAAGGCAGCUCCUCCUAAGGAGCCAAAGGCAAAGGAUGUCAAGAAAGAAGCCCCGAAGGAGGCCCCGAAGCCAAAAGUGAUUGAGGCACCAGAUGAAGAGGAAGCGCCAAAGCCAAAGCCGAAGAAUCCUCUUGACUUGCUGCCACCAAGCAAGAUGAUCCUUGACGAGUGGAAGAGGCUAUACUCAAACACAAAGACCAACUUCCGGGAGGUUGCUAUCAAAGGUUUCUGGGACAUGUAUGACCCAGAGGGUUACUCUCUGUGGUUCUGCGACUACAAGUACAACGACGAGAACACCGUGUCAUUUGUGACAAUGAACAAGGUUGGUGGGUUCUUGCAGCGGAUGGAUCUGUGCCGCAAGUAUGCCUUCGGCAAGAUGCUUGUGAUCGGCUCUGAGCCCCCUUUCAAGGUGAAGGGGCUCUGGCUCUUCCGUGGCCAGGACAUUCCCAAAUUUGUCAUGGACGAGGUAUAUGACAUGGAGCUCUACGAGUGGACCAAGGUUGACAUCUCCGACGAGGCCCAGAAGGAGCGCGUCAACACCAUGAUCGAGGACCAGGAGCCGUUCGAGGGUGAGGCCUUGCUUGAUGCGAAAUGCUUUAAGUGAGUGCGUUUUCCUGGAGGCAGAACUAUUUAGGCCUUGAAUCGAUGUUUAUGGAAGAUUUUGUUUGUUACUUGUGUCUAUGUUGUCCUGGUAUACCCCGCGAACUGGUUGAAAUUUGUGCUGUGAUGAGAAUUUUGGCUAUCUUGUUUUCUUA